AGCGUGUUUUGUUUCUGAAGCAUUCAUAUACUUGUGAUAAACCCUGACCGCAGCUAGACAGAGAAGCUGACCUAGUCUUCUUGUUUCAAUCCUAAAUACAUCUGUAGCCAAUAAUCAUGCCCGGAAACGCGUUUGUCUAUGGGACCCUUAUGGCCGAUGAGGUCGUCAAGGUACUCAUCAAGCGCGUCCCAACCUCGAAACCCGCCGCAUUGAAGGGAUACACUCGCUAUAAAGUGAAAGGUCAAGUAUUUCCUGCAAUUGUGCCAUCAACGGCAGAGUCAAAGGUAGAAGGCAAGGUUCUUCUGGAUCUCUCCGACAAGGAGCUUGAAGUCCUAGAUGUCUAUGAGAGUGAGGAGUAUUACAGAGCGACAGUGAUGCCAGUCCUUGAGGAUGGGUCUGAAAUCAAGGCGGACGUCUACGUCUGGAAGGACCAAUACAGGCAACUACUUCUCGCCGAGGAUUGGUCGUUUGAGCAGUUCAUGCGCGAGCACCACGAGAGAUACCUGGACAUGACUCGGAAGUUUGCUGAGGAAGAGCUUCAGAACUGAACCCGGAAGGCGCACACCCCGAGGGCGACUUGAAGUAAAUCUUUUCCCGGCAGAACAAGAUUUUUGAAGCGAUGGUUUUCUUCAUGUAUCAUCACCGCUAUAUAAACGGCAAUGCCGUCUGAGUUCUUCACCGGUCGUGAUAAAGGUCGUACCGAAGUGUGCUGUACAGCUACCGCUCCGAAGCAAGUUUUGUUUAAGAGCGUGCAUGAGGAUUGCUGCGCUUCAGAGGAGGAUGAAUAGCAUCUGACACACGAACUAACUAGCACUGGUCGAAAUCAUCCUGAUGUUGACCUUCGUCCUGAUUUUGUAAUUUUAUAGUCUUACGUGCUCUGGUUUUGAGCCUAUUGUAAUAUUUUAUUAAGUC